UAUUACAAUUGUUUACAUAAGAUGAGCACAUAUAUUUCCUAGUUUGCAUCAAGUACGAAACCAACUACAAUUUUCUGCGAAAAGUCAGAGAUUGCAUCAAAGUAUGAUGAAUCAGUUUAUUAUGAUGCAUACUUGUUUGAAAUGAAUGAUUACAUAGUAUGGUUUGUUUUUAAUAUUUAAGUGUAAUCAAUAAUAAAUAAAAUAUAAAUAAAAUGCAUAUGUUAUUUUCCAAUAUCAGAUGUUAUCAAGGACAUAUUUUGCAGAAUUGGAUUUACUUAUAGACUUUUAUCUUUCGUGAAUUGAUAGUCUAAAUGUGAAUUGUUGUGACAGACAGCGCCCCUGUGAUAAAUGAGUUAUAAAUGACCCAUGCAGUAACCAGUUGAAAAUGGCCGCUUAGAAGUUAUAGUUCAAAUGUGUGUUAUAAUAAUGCGUCAUUUUACAAUGGAACCCUCCGGAAUUAUUAAAGAAUUAAAGCGAAAUAUUGUAGCUGAAGUAACGAAGUUUAUCGAAUAUCCAUUGUUAAAGCAUAGAAAGUGUGGUACAGGAAAAAAUCAGUUGUCAUAUUGCGAACAAAAUAUCCUACGUGAUUGUGGUUGUCGCGAUUGUGGAGGCUAUCUUUGUUCUAAACAAAGAAGAUUUAUGAGAACAGGAAGAGGUUGUCGAAAAGUACCAUUGUGUUGAAUAAUAAAUUUUGCUUCAUUGUUAAGCAUGUGUUCUAUGCAGAGUUUACCUGCAGAUACAACAAUGGAAAAAAUGUAUUCGAUGAACGAUACAUUGAAUGGACACACAAACAUGCAUAGCCCAAAGAAAGAAAACAUGUUUCACAGUGUCCUCAACGCUUUGAACGUACUUUGGGGACAAUUUUCUAAAGUUCCUGCUUCAUUCAUAGCAAGUAUUAAUUAUCCAUUGUCUGUAACAGUUGUAAAUAAUGAAAUUUCACACGACUUUUUUAAGAAUCUGACAGGUAAAAGAGAACCAUUAAAUACCGAUAAUGUGUACAUCUCCAAUGGCGAGAUCAAAGAAUCUUUAGAUGUUGUCGAGAGUAUUCAUAAUGAUGUAUUUGAUGAAAAAAAAUCAUACAUAUGCAAAAUUUUUAAUAAAAAUACAAAAGAUAAUUUAAAAUUUAGUUAUGAAUAUAUUGGUAUCAAGAACAAAGAUGCAGAGAGAUCUGAUGAAAAGCAAUCAGUCAUUCAUAAAGAUGUUAGAUGUAAUACAAAUAAUUGUAAUUAUUUAAUAUCACUUCAAAAUUCGAACAAAACAAGUAAGGAGGAAUUGUUUGAAUACAUUUGUUCUGAUAUAAACACGAAGGAAAUGAGUGCUAUGGAAAAUUGUUAUAAUUUUGAAGACACAUACAGUAAGAAUAUGUCCGAUAAAAAACAAUGUUUUAAUUGCAUUAGUAACAGUGUGGAUGAUAAGAUUAUUAUAAAUAAGGAAAACUCUUGUUCAACACCUAGUACAAAUGCAUUAAAUACACAGAUAGUUCAACAAACUGCAGUCCCUAAUUUGUUCACAAAUAUGUUGCAAAAAGUCAUUAGCAGUGUAACAGAUAGAUUUUGUAAAACAGACCUUGUUGAAUCAGACUUAGGUCCAAAACGAUCAUUCUCACCGAGGCAACGGAGGAAACUUAAUAUAGUGGCAAAAGGUCGAGGACGGGGACGAGCAAAGUCGCAGCUUAGGCGUUCUGGAGUCAGCCAAACGAGACACAGAAAGGAACGUACUAAACAUGAUAUUAGAGUAGAUAUAGAAAACGAUUUUAAAUGCUGGCAAGAACUUGAAGAAUAUGAUAUAACAGAAAUUCAGAAAACAGAAGAAUCAGGAAAUUUAUAUUUAGGUGAAGCUACAGUAGAUACUGUACAAUAUAUUAUAGAAGAGACAGUGAGUCCUCUAACAUAUACGUUUGCCGAUGUAGAGCCCAAAAUUCAGAAACAAAAAAUAUGUAGAAACAUUAAUUGUGGUAUAUCUAGAUUUUCUGCAAAAAUGAGAAGUAUACUAGAAUAUCCAGAACAAACAGAUACCUUUGAUCACAAUUUUGUUGAAAACAGAUACGAUUUGCAAAAGAAUACAUUUCGACCACGUUUAAUAUCAGAAAGUUCUAUUGACUCAGAAGAUAGUUACUGCAUAGUAUUUGAGACUGGUUCCGAAGUAACUUGCAAAAGUGAUGUUGAAUAUAGCGAAGACAGUGAAGAGAGCGAUGUAGAUCAAACAAACGAAGAUGAAAAAAUAUUCAAAGAUGAAAUAUCUGUAUCUCCGAUUCAAAAAGUAAAAUUUAAUUUGAAUCCAGUAAUUCAUAUAAUGGUGCAUUGGGACUAUGCAUACCGUGCAGCUCGAAAAGGUCCAUGGGAAGAAAUGGCGAGAGAUAGAGACCGAUUUAGAGGCCGAAUAAAUUCUAUAGAACGUAUUCUUAGUCCUAUAUUAACAGUACAGCACAGAACUCAUAUUUGGCAUGAGCGAUUUACACUUACUGAAUAAAGUUGAUAUUCACCGUUCCUUCAAGGAAACGUGUCAAACAUCUGCAGUGAAAAGAGCACCGAGGAGAGAAGGUGAACCGGAAGAGGAUGGGCACGAUUUUAACUGGAUGGCUGGCGCAAUAGAGAGGGCUACACCACGGACCAUUGCAACACUGUAGUUUCUCGAUGCGAUGUAGAACGCGAUGUGUUGUUGACACAACGUUGACAAACGUCGACCCCUGGUCAAAUGAUGAGUCGCUCGAUUGCAAAAAUACGAAAUUAUCCGGUGUCCGCUUCUUGGCUUUGCGCUACGAAAUUAUUAAAUUUUACAGAAUUAUCAGUCAUUGCAAUUAAUUGCCAAGGCAAUUAAUGUGGCCAAUAACAGAUAAUGAUACUAAUAAAGUUCAAGGGAAGUUUCCUCAG